AUGUCUGACUCUGAAAAAGGCCAUGCUCCAGAAACCUCUGAUGAACCGGUCAACCUGAAAUUCAAUAUGAAUGUCUCUGAUCGUGAUCCUAAUGGUAUUAAUGAACACUUGAAGGUAUCUUUCUCGGAAGUCUUUGCCGAACCACAUGGAAAUUACUCGUUUGAUGCUAUCUGGAAAUUGAGUUACACUAUCUUUGAAGGCUCUAAACUAUGGUGCUACAGAAUUAUCAGUGCCAUCUUUGCUCUGCCUUGUGCACUCUUUUGCGGCUGUUACUUUGCUUGUGUUGUAUUUGGUCAAAUUUGGGCUUAUACUCCAUGUAUUCGCGGUCUUAGUAUUCUCUUUGGAUGUAUGUUCAAGAUGAUUACCUUAUGUGUCCAAGUUUGUUGUAAUCCAGUCAAUGAUUCUGUUGCGCGUAUAUUAAGCCGUAUACGAUUCUACCAUGUCAAUUCGGGCUCGCUACCUACGGUAAAACAAGAUGUCAAAGAUUUUGAUGAAAAUGUGGCUUUGACAACGGCCAGUUUAAAAGUUGUUUAG